UCGUCCCUGGCUUAGCCCAAGUUAAACAUCCGGUUUGCACUCAACUCGACUCCAGCUCCCGUCUAAAAUGGCCAAGUACCAAUUUGCUAUUGCCUUGCUGCUCGUCGCUUUGGCCAUCAUCAGCUGUGAGGCGCAAAAGACCAGACCUCGUCCAGUGCGCCUCAUUCAACGCAAUCGCCAAUUGGCCCGCCAAGAAGUCGAUAUACCGGUCACACCCUAUCCCUCUGCAGAUGAACUAAAGCCCGACAUUCCCUUUGAAGAAACUGCACCCACAGACGAUGUGCCAGUGGUAGAGGAAGUGGCCCCUGAGGCAAGUGAACCGGUUCCCGAUGAGGUCUAUGGUCCCCCCGAUACCCCUGUGCUCUACAAUUCGCCUGAUGAGGUAUAUGGCCCUCCAGAACUUGAUGCCAAUGCCUUGCCAGCCGAGGUAGUUUUGGCCCGCCAAAAACAACGUCAAGCCCGUUUGGUGCAGGCCCGUCGUCAGGCCGCCUACCGCCAAGCUAAAUUGGCCAAAUUGCGUGCCACCAAGAAGCGCAAUGUCUAGAUAGCUGGUUGUGAAGAAAAUUUCCUCACUUCUCAUGGCAAAAGUUUGUUUUUGGAAAAUUUUCUCCUCCAUUCCCUGCCUGCCUAUGGAUAUUGAUAAAAUUGCUGCUGCUGCUCGAGAACUCCUUCAAUCACGUACUACGAUCUUGGUAAACAUCACCGCCACCCCCUAUACAGUAAUUUUAACGAUAGUUAUUUUUAAUUUAAUUUAAACGAAUUUCUGCAACAUCAACAAAAAAGUCAAAAUAAAUGAAAUGAGCUUUGUAAAGGA